AUGGCAAAAGGAAAGAAAAAAUCGAAGAAAAAAGAUGCUGCAUUACUUGAACAAAAUGCUCAAUUAUUACGACGUAUUUUAAAAUUAUAUGAUCAAUAUAGUACCGAACAGAAUAGUGUUACUUGUACUGAGGUGACAAAAACAAUUCGAUUAUUAAUUGAAGAAGGCGAAAGUUUAACAAGAGUAUUUCUACGACCGAAUCCUCAAAAAGCAAUUAAACAUGUUGAAGUAACAGAUGAACCUAAACCCGUUGCAGAAGCGUUUCCAAUUCUACAAACUUGUGUUCGACCAUUUGUUCGUACCUUGUCAACUUGUGAAGUUAAUACACUAAAAGUAUUCGCUGUAUGGAAUAUUUGUAUGGACUUACUUGAUUGUAUUGAUCUUGGUCUUUAUUUAAAACGUCCAACAACUAUUGUUCAAACUCUUUCACUUAAAGAUUGUCUUCUUCAACCUGAGCCUUUAUACAGACUUUCAACAUCAUUUAGUAUAUGUCGUACACUUCGAAUAUUGAAUCUUGACUAUAAUGAUGAAAUUUAUCUUGAUGGAAACCAUUUCGGAUGUCAAGGUGCAUUUGAUAUAAUAAAAUUAUUGUUACUUGAUUGUGAAAAAUUUCUUCUUGAUAAACAAGAUAAAUUACGAGUUGAAAUAGAAUUAAAAGAACAAGAAGCAUUACUUCGAGAAAGACAAGGUUUACCACGUGAAUUAACUGAAAAAAAGAAAAAGAAGAAAAAACUAACACUUGAUGAUAUGCCACCAUUUGGGCCAUUUGUUACGAAAAUUCAUUUAUUUGAUAAUGAUAUUGAUUGUCUACAACCUGAUGGUUUUGCUAUUGUUCAACAACCAAUAAAUGCUUUUGCACGAUUAAUUGAAAUCUCUGAAGAAUUAGAAGAACUUGAUCUUGAUGAAAAUGUAAUUGGACAUGUAUGUGGAGGAAUUAUUUUAGAUGCAUUAAAAAAACGAAAAGAAAGUAAAUAUCGAUGA